AUGUCUAUGAAAAAGACUGCUGCUGUUGAGGAUAAAAAAAUAUCUCUAGAUAAAGAAAGUUAUAUAAAAUCUGUGCAAGAAAGAAUAGCGAAGAUUCCUAUUUCAAAUUAUAGAAAUUUCAGUAUAGUAGCGCAUGUGGAUCACGGAAAAUCUACUUUGUCGGAUAGGUUAUUGGAGUUAACUGGGGUUAUUCAACCUGGAGAUGCAAAUAAGCAGGUCUUAGAUAAAUUGGAUGUCGAGAGAGAGAGAGGUAUUACGGUGAAAGCACAGACGUGCUCUAUGUUCUAUGUUGAUCCUAAAUCUAAAGAAGAAUAUUUAUUACAUUUAGUUGAUACCCCAGGCCACGUAGAUUUUAGAGCAGAAGUUUCCAGAUCCUACGCAUCUUGCGGAGGAGCUCUUUUAUUAAUUGAUGCAUCUCAAGGUGUACAAGCACAAACAGUAGCUAAUUUUUAUUUGGCAUAUAGUAUGGGCUUAAAAUUGAUUCCAGUGAUUAACAAAAUCGAUUUGGAUGCAGCUGACAUUCCUAGAGCGAUGGAUCAGGUUGAAACUACGUUCGAAUUACCUAGAGAAGACUGCAUUCCAGUAAGUGCUAAAACAGGCCUCAAUAUUGAAAAUAUAAUACCAGCAAUUAUUAGAGAUAUUCCGGGUCCUCGUGGUAGUGUUGAUAAACCUCUUAAGGCAUUAUUGGUUGAUUCAUGGCAUGAUCCUUAUGUUGGUGUUGUUAUGCUAAUUCAUGUCGUUGACGGUGUGGUGAAAAAGGGAAUGAAAUUACUUUCAGCUCAUUCAGAAAAGCGAUAUGAUGUGAAAGAAGUAGGGAUUAUGUACCCAGAUAAAAUGCCAAUGGAUUGUGUAAAAGCUGGACAAGUAGCCUAUAUUAUUCCAGGUAUGCGGAAUCCAAGAGAAGCCAUGAUUGGUGAUACAUUCUAUCAAUAUGGUAAACAUGAAGGAUUGGAACCACUCCCUGGAUUCGAAGAACCAAAACCUAUGGUUUUUGUGGGUGCUUUUCCCGCAGAUGGAGGUGAAUUUAAAGUAAUGAAUGAUCAUAUGGAAAAUUUAGUAUUAAACGACAGAUCUGUCACACUAGAAAAAGAAACAUCAAAUGCGUUAGGUCUUGGUUGGAGAUUAGGCUUUUUAGGUUCACUUCAUGCUUCUGUGUUUAAAGAACGGCUAGAGAAUGAGUACGGUGCAAAAAUUAUUUUAACAGCACCUACCGUACCGUAUAAACUAAUUUUCAAAGACGGAGAAGAAUCAAUUGUUACCAAUCCGGAUGAAUUUCCUGGAGCGGAUUUUAGAAAUCACAAUAUUGAAAUGUUGAUGGAACCUUACGUUAAUGCGCUAAUGACUAUUCCAGAUGAAUAUAUUGGAACUGUAAUGUCACUUUGCGAGAACAAUCGAGGUAUACAAAAAGAAUUGGAGUAUUUAACUACUGGACAAGUAUUAUUGAAAUAUGAAAUUCCAUUAGCUCAGUUAGUAGAAGAUUUCUUUGGUAAACUCAAAGGCUGUACUAAAGGAUAUGCUUCAUUGGAUUAUGAAGACGCGGGUUAUAAGAAAUCUGAUAUUGUCAAAAUGGAGCUAUGUGUAAAUGGAGAACCUCAGGAUGCGUUAACUCAAGUCAUGCACAGGUCUCAAGUAUUAAGUAGAGGAAAGGAAUAUGUAACCAGAUUCAAAGAAUAUUUAAAAUUUCAAUUAUUCGAAGUAGCUAUUCAAGCCAAAGUCAAUAAUAAAGUUGUGGCAAGAGAAACAAUUAAGGCAAAGAGGAAGGAUGUCACGCAAAAGCUACAUGCUGCGGAUAUAUCUAGAAGAAAGAAGUUAUUGCUGAGACAAAAAGAAGGUAAAAAGCAAAUGAAAGCAACAGGGAAGAUAAGCAUUAAUCAAGAAGCUUAUCAAGCCUUUUUACGUCGUGCUGACUAA